AGUCGGAGAGUGAAGCUUAUAAAAUAACCCACGCCGAAGAGGAAUGGAAAUGCAAUGGAAACGUUGGAAAAGUCGCAGACAAGUCAUGUGCGUUUUCGAAAACACCAGUCAAGCCGGCCUUGGUCAAGUCAUUAGCUUGAUGCCGUCUGCAUAAUUUAAUGUUUUGCGGUGUGUGACGAGUGUUGCCAUUGAAAUGAGGUAGGCAGGUUGAAACAAGCCAGGGUAAUGCUUAUACCCAUUUUGACGCAAUCUGUUUAGUUAAAGUGCGGUAUCAUGGAGCAUUCUUAUUUUUCGGCUCUUGUUACUGAUACAAAUGCUAAAAAGGAAGACCAAGAUGACCCUUAUUCUAAAACAGGAGCAUUUCAACACCUUCAGAAACGCUGGGAAAGCAAGGUUGAGACAAGAGGCGCAUUGGCUGAAACAUUUCGUUGCAAGGACGACAAUGUACAUCCCAACCAAGAUCUUAACGAACAGGAGAGUGACUUAUUUCUGGGAGAGUAUGUCACAGACGAUACUAUCAAAUACUUCCCGGAGAGUUCGUUCCGUCCGAAGCUUCAGAUGGCCUACCAAGUACCUCCCGGUUCGUGUCCGAGGCGGGUGGCCGUCGAGAGGCGUCGCCGUCAGUUUCUCUCACAGGACAUCGGCCAGCUUCUGCAGGAGGCUGGCGUCGACACCGACCUGCUCACCCCGGACCUGAACUCGCCGACCGACCCGUGCGCCGAGCGGCCGCCGCCGCCCCGCAUCCUGCCAACAGUGACUCCUCUGGAGGAGGUGAUGGCUGGGAUGCUUGCUGAUGGUGGAGUGGAAGAGGAAGAAGACAUGUACAUAUCAGACGAGGAAGAAGAGGAAGAGGAAGAGUACUACAGUGGUGAAGAACUGCCCGAGUUCGGAAGCGACGAGGAAGAUGAAUCCAACGUUGGCAGUGUGAAGCGACAGUCCAUGUAUGUUCCCAGACGGGGUAGUCGAAGAAAGUCGCAUCGGAAGUCCGUGAAACCACCUACCGGACAGGCCGAAAAAGAAAAGGAGGAAGAAGAAGAAGGGGCUGGUGUCGCCGACGAAAGGGAAGGCUCAGCAAAGAGCAAGAGCUCCGACAGCAAGGAAGGUUCAGUUAAGAGCAAAAGUGAUAGUAAAGGUAGUUCUGGUGGAAGCAAGCGAUCAAGCAAAGAAGGCUCAAGUCAGAGUGGUAGCAAACAAGGCUCCGCCAAGAGCUCUGGCUCUAGCAGAGAUGGGUCCGCGAAGGACAAGAUCAAGGACGGUAAGUCAGCGAGCCGUGAGGGCUCCGCAAAAAGCAAGCAUUCCAGUUCAUCAGGAUCGGCGAAAAGUAAGCAUUCUGGAUCAGGAGGCUCGGCUAAGAGCAAAGGGAGUAAGAGUUCUGGCGAGGGAUCAAGUGGUCGAGGAUCUGCAGACAAGGAGGCAUUGGCCUCAGACGAAACUGGUGAGAAAGAAGGAAAGGGUCGCACCAGGGGAAAGUCUAUUCUGAAGAAGAGAAAAGAGUCGCAUGGCUCCUCCCUCAUCCGUAGAGCCCCAACUCCGAAACGAUUCUCGGUUGGCAAGAAUUUGGCCAUCGAGGUGUACACGAUGACCAGGGACGAUCCACUGCGCAAGUCACUUGCUGUUGAGGAGCUCGGCAAGGAACAUCCAAAACCUCCAUCGGCCGGUCCCGAAGAGCAGUCCGAGAGAGCCGAGCUAAGUCCGGCCCUCGACGAAGGCGUUGUAGAAAACUUAAGCGACAUCAGUGAAAGCGAUAUCGACAGCCUGGAGGAGUUUCUUGGACUGCGACGGAUGCAGGCGCUAGACCUGGAGCCGGACGCCAACGCUCGCACGGCACGCACACUGCCUCUGCAUUGGUUCGACGACACCUCCUUCGACGACAGGCUGCCAGAGGAGUGGCUGACCAUCGCUGUCGAGAACGGCUUCCAGCACCCCGUGCCGGUCAUGGCGUUCCUGCCGAAGGAGAAACAGUCGCGUCGACUCUCUAUGGUCGUCGACCCGCUGUCCAAGGCGCUGACGGCUCGACACAUCAUCUUCACCCUAUCAUCGGGACCGCACGUCUGGACACCGGCGGCAGUCAUCGGCUACCACCCGGCGCGAGCUCUCUACAUGCUGCGACGCAUCGACGUCCGCGAGUACUUCCUGCUGCCGCGCAUCUACGUCAUGUUCUGCGCGGAGGACCCAGCCAGGUUUUGUGAGCGCGUCCAGGCCGCUGUCCGUCUGCGUCAGAUCAUGCAGGACCUGCUGCGGUAUCACCUCUACGUGGACUGCAUGCCCACCUCCUUCCUGGGUCAGCUCAACAUCGAACAGGUAACUCGGAUCAUGGGAUUCCUUCGCUCGACCCCUGGGAAGCCACUGAAGGUUCAAGAGUGCAACGAGCGCAUUUUGAAGCUGCAGGACGAGCUGCAGCUGGACUUUCUGCGCUAUCAGAACCGUCUGAUCCUGGACACGGCACUGCAUCGUGACCAGAAGCUGCGUGAGAUCGUCAAGCUGCGCCCUCCGCCGCAGGACAACCCGCUGCAGGGUCAGCGCGCCUUCGACCGCAACGGGGUGUACCACAUUGACUUCGCCGAGACCUUCCGCAUCGUGAAGGUGCUCAGCAUCCUGACCCAAAAGGAAGCCAUCUUCGCUAUGCAGAACGUCAACAUGGAGUGUCUGAAAGUGCGCGAAAUGCAGAUGUUCGUGCUAAAAGUGGCAAAGCCUCUCAAGAUCGACGACUUCGAGACCAUCCAAAUGAACCUGCAUGAACAGGUCCUAACCCACCUCCAGACUCUGUGGCUGGCACGAUUCAGAGACCACCUCCACAACAACCUGCGCGAUGUGGGUAAGGGUUGGUUUGAUCUGUUCGUGGCAAAGUGGGAGAUCUUCUGCAUGUCAAAACUAUGCAAGAUCCUUGCUCUGAUUCGCGUCAUGAUGCAAGACUCUCUCCGGUAUCUGGCAAGAGACUCCUGCGCUGCACUGGUGGACACCAUGGACAGCACUUGCGGCAAGUUCUUGUCCUGUGAAGAGAACUUUGAGUGGGGCGAGGACUUGGUGCAGCACCCGAUGAUCGGCCCAGCUCAGCCGUUUUUCUACGUAGAGCUGCAGAUUGACUCAAACGGGCCUCUGUACUCCACACCCAUGGAACGGUUCGUCAAGGUGAUGCUCAACGUGUUCGAGCAUGGUGUGACAGUGACACACGACGUGCCACCACUCGAGCCCCUGGUGCUGGACAACAUCUUCUGGCCUGACCGCACGCCACUCAGCUCCAUAGGGCUGAUGAAUCCAGAGAUCACGGUCCUGAGAGAUCGUCUCAAGAAGACCAUGGAGAUGAUCGCCAUUCCCAUGAAGGCGUAUGCCAAGGCAUACACCAAGUAUGAGUGGAUCUACAACUUGGAUAUCCCGAAGUACCUGGCAGAGAAGUAUGAUGAAGAGGCAACCGCACAGACCUUCCAGGACGAUGUCGCAGUGCUCCGCGACGACUAUGACGAGGCCGAACGAGCGCUCCCAUCUCAUGUCGUCAUUGGACCGUUCUACGUGAACACAGACCUGCUGCGAUCGGCUAUCCUGAAGAAGAAGCAGGCUCUGAUCGAUGCCACACUGGAUCAUCUUGCACAGAUACUACUCAUGCAGGCCGAAGAAGUCAACCGUGCUUACAUGAAGAUGGUGAGCAGGAUGACCACGAAGUGCUCCAAGAUCGAAGACGUGACUGAGCUCAGGGAGUUCAUGGACACGGUGCCAGAGCUCGUUCGCGCUGAGAAGGACAACACGAUUAAGUUCAUCAAGGACUAUGAUGUGCUAGACUUCUUUUAUCAUCCUCUGUCUAACAGUGACUUUAGUGCCAAAGGUGACAUGUCUAUUUGGCCAUACAAGAUCGAAGUUCUACUCGAAGAAACCACGGAUCGUCUGAUCGAGGAGGAAGACAAGUUUAAGGAGCGUCAGCUACAAGACCAGGGGACGCUAAACGACAAGAUAGACAACCUCACCAUGCUUGUAGCCGGAAUGACGGCCUUCAACGACAUCACCAAAGCACACGAGGUCGCUAACGAGGUCAGGCGAGUCUGGAAGCAGCUCAACGAGUGCAAGGAGCAAGGCCAGCUGUUGAACCAGCGACAGAGACUGUUCGGCAUGGACUUGACUCCAUAUGACAAUCUCGCAAAGCUAAUCAAGGACUGUGAGCCAUACCGUGCACUUUGGCUGACUGCGAGUGACUGGCUGCGCUGGCAGGAAGCCUGGAUGAACGACCCUCUCCAGGGAGUGGAUGCCGAAAGCAUCGAACGAAACGUGACAGAGGCGUUCAAGACUAUGCACAAGGCCAUCAAGAACUUUGAGGAGAUGCCGGCAAUCAUGAAAGUAGCCGAGGAGAUUCGUGAUGAGAUCGAAGCGUUCAAACCUCACAUUCCGCUGAUCAUGGGUCUCCGCAAUCCGGGCAUGCGACACCGUCACUGGGAGAAGCUCUCCGAUCUGAUCGGUAUCAAGAUCGUGCCGAAGGCCACGCUUACCUUCGCAAAGUGUCUGGAAAUGGGUCUGCAGAACUACACGGACCAGAUCGCCGAGGUAGGUGAGAUCGCCGGGAAGGAGUACAGCAUCGAGCAGGCGCUCGACAAGAUGGAGUCAGAAUGGAGAGCGAUGGCGCUGGAGUUCCUACCCUACAAGGACACUGGCCUCUCGAUCCUCAAGUUCAGCGACGAGGCCUACCAGUUGCUGGAUGAUCACGUGGUAAUGACCCAGUCGAUGGUGUUCUCACCGUUCAAGGCUCCAUUUGAAGAGCGAAUCGCCCAGUGGGAGAAGAAGCUGAUGCUGGUUCAGGACGUCUUUGACGAGUGGGUGGCCUGCCAGAGAGCGUGGCUCUACCUGGAGCCCAUCUUCAGCAGUGAUGACAUCAGUAGGCAGCUGCCGGUCGAGUCCAAGCGGUACAACACCAUGGAGAAGACAUGGAAGAAGAUCAUGAAGAAGGCCCUAGAAAACCAGCAAGUGAUGGAACUCUGCCCCGAUCAGAGACUUCUGGACAACCUGAGGGACUGCAACAAUCUGUUGGAACAGGUUCAAAAGGGACUGAGUGAAUACCUGGAGACCAAGAGGAUGGCGUUUCCUCGGUUCUUCUUCCUCAGCGAUGAAGAGCUCCUGGAGAUUCUCUCGCAGACGAAGAACCCCAAAGCGGUUCAGCCUCACCUCAAGAAAUGCUUCGAGAGCAUUUCUCGUCUCACCUUCGAAGAAGAUCUGCAGAUCACGGCUAUGUGCUCAGCAGACGGUGAAACGGUGCCCUUCCAUGAGCCGAUGUAUCCUCGGGGCAACGUUGAGGACUGGCUUCUGAUGGUGGAGUCAACGAUGCGCGCCUCGCUGCGGGCCCAGCUGGCUCAGGCACUGGAGGCCUACUCGGAGCCCCAGAGGCCUGAGUGGGUGCUGAAUUGGGCUGGACAGUUGGUGAUCGCGGGAUGUCAGAGUGUGUGGUCAGCCAACACGGAUCGCGCCAUCGCUGCCGGAGCUCUCAAAGACGGCUACGAGCUGCAGCUGGAGCAGCUGGACGACCUGCGGAACCUGAUCCGUACUGACCUGACGGCACUACAGCGUAACAUCCUCUCUGCGCUGAUCGUCAUCGAGGUGCACGCCCGAGACGUCGUACAGGAGAUGGUGGCCGACGGUGUCACGGACGUCAACAGCUUCUCCUGGAUCGGACAGCUCAGGUACUACUGGAUCGAGGAAGACCUGCGUCUGAAGCACGUGAACGCUGAGUUCGGGUACGGGUUUGAGUACUUGGGCAACACUGGACGUCUAGUGAUCACACCUCUGACAGACCGUUGCUACCUGACGCUCACCGGCGCUCUGCACCUUCAGUUCGGCGGUGCGCCAGCAGGACCGGCAGGUACCGGCAAGACUGAGACCACCAAGGACCUGGGCAAGGCAAUGGCCGUCCAGUGCGUGGUCUUCAACUGUUCCGAUCAGCUGGACUUUAUGGCCAUGGGGAAGUUCUUCAAAGGUCUGGCGGCAGCUGGUGCCUGGGCCUGUUUUGACGAGUUUAAUCGGAUCGACAUCGAGGUGCUGUCGGUGGUGGCACAACAGAUCAGCUGCAUCCAGAAGGCGCUGGUGGCCAAGAUGGAUCGCUUCCUGUUUGAGGGAGUCGAGCUGCAGCUGAAGCCGACCUGUUCCGUGUUUAUCACGAUGAACCCCGGAUACGCAGGGCGCACAGAGCUGCCUGACAACCUGAGUGCGCUCUUCCGGCCGGUGGCUAUGAUGGUACCCAACUACACGCUCAUCGCUGAAAUAUCACUGUUCUCGUUUGGCUUCAGCAACGCGCGGGCGCUAGCCAACAAGAUCACGAGCACGUUCAAGCUGAGCUCAGAACAGCUGAGCACCCAGGACCACUACGACUUCGGCAUGCGUGCUGUGAAGACGGUCAUUGCCGCGGCCGGAAACCUGAAGCGGCAAAACCCCACGAUGGGCGAAGAGCUGAUCGUCUUGAGGGCGCUGAAAGAUGUCAACGUUCCCAAAUUCCUACAGGAGGACCUGAAACUCUUCACCGGCAUCAUCAGUGAUCUUUUCCCGAGAGUGCAAGAGGAGGAGAUCAAGUACGAUGAACUAGAGGCAUCUCUUUUGCGGGAAUGCAAGCGGAAGAACCUGCAGCCAGUGCCCACCUUCAUCGGCAAAUGCAUCCAGCUGUUUGAGACAACUAUGGUGCGUCAUGGUUUGAUGCUGGUUGGACCUACCGGCUCAGGCAAAACACGCUGCUACCAGGUACUGCAGGGAGCCAUCAGCCGCAUCAAGGGCAAGUCCGGUCCAGACGGUCUUCCCUUCACGCCAGUGCUUGUGGACGUGCUGAACCCGAAGUCCAUCACGAUGGGACAGCUGUACGGAGAGUUUGAUGAGAUGACACACGAGUGGACAGACGGCAUUCUGUCGACGCUGAUUCGUGUGGGCUGCGCUGCCGAGAGUCUGGACAAGAAGUGGUACAUGUUCGACGGUCCGGUAGACGCCGUCUGGAUCGAAAACAUGAACACCGUGCUCGACGACAACAAAAAGCUGUGCUUAAGCAGCGGCGAAAUCAUCAAGCUGGACGCCACGCAGACGAUGAUGUUUGAGGUGGGUGACCUGGCCCAGGCGUCUCCAGCCACUGUCAGUCGCUGCGGCAUGGUGUACCUCGAGCCCAGUGGACUGAGGCUCAAUGCCCUCGUCGAGUCUUGGCUAAGCACGCUACCUGACUCUAUGAAGCCGUACUGGGACACACUUCGCUCGCUGUGUGACUCUUGGUUGGAACCAGCUAUCGCUCACAUGCGCGCCAACACGAAAGAAAUAGUAGCAACGGUGGACUCGAACCUGUGCGCCACCCUGCUGCGCCUGAUGUCUGCCAACUGUGCUGUGCUCACGAAGCGGCACUACUCAGUGGAGCGCCUACAGAAGGUGCCGCCGCUGGUGACGCCCUGGUUCAUGUUCUCACUCGUGUGGAGUGUGUGCGGCUCCUGUGACAACGCCGGAAGACGUGUCAUGGAUCGCUGGGUGAGGGAUAAGAUGGCGGAGGAAGGCCAAGAGCUUCUCUUCCCGGAGGAAGGACUUGUCUACGACUACAGGCUAGUGGACGGAGGCAUCUUCAACACGGAUGUUGAAGAAUCGGCCAUCGAGCCGCCGCGAUGGCAGAACUGGCUGGCAGACGGGAUUCAGCUCUCCCUCACCCCAGCCACGCAGUUCACAGACAUCCUCAUCCCAACUAUGGACAUUGUGCGAAACGCUCAUCUGAUUGGCAUGUAUCUCACCAACUCUAUGCCGGUGCUCUGCGUGGGCAACACCGGCACCUCGAAGACGGCCACGGUGAGCGAGAAGCUGAUGACCGGCAUGCCGGCCAACUUCCUCAGCGAGUUCAUCACGUUCUCGGCGCGAACGUCGGCCAACCAGACGCAGGACCUGAUCGACUCGAAGCUGGACAGACGUCGGAAGGGACAGUUUGGACCGCCAGCCGGCAAGAAUCUGGUGUUCUUCAUUGAUGACCUGAACAUGCCGGCACUGGAGACGUACGGAGCACAGCCGCCCCUGGAGCUGCUCAGACAGUGGGCCGACUUCGGCGGAUGGUACGACCGAAAGCAGAUCGGCGAUUUCCGUACUCUCGUGGACGUGACGUUCAUCGCUGCGAUGGGUCCUCCGGGUGGCGGACGAAACCCCGUGUCCGCUCGACUCCUGAGGCACUUUUGCACCAUUUCCUUCCCAGAGGUGGAGGAUGAGAGCAAGUGCCACAUCUACGGCUCGAUCCUGAACGUGUGGCUGACUCAGCUGCCCAAGCUGGACGGAUGCGGCGCUGACAUCGUGGCCUCCAGCGUCGACAUGUACGCCCAGCUGACUGCGCAGCUGCUGCCCACGCCGGCCAAGUCCCACUACACGUUCAACUUGCGCGACCUCAGCAAGGUGUUUCAGGGCAUCUGGAUGGCAGCCGCCAACAAGAUCGAAGAUCUGCCGACCAUGCUACGACUCUGGUACCACGAGACUUGUAGAGUAUUCCAGGACCGGUUGGUCUGUGACGAGGACCGGGAUUGGCUGGACCAGCUGAUCCGAGGGGAGAUUCAGGAGAGGUUCAAACUGAAGCCAGACGAAGUGCUGAACCACGACCCCAUCCUCUUCGGAGAUCUCAUGUACCCCAACUCGGAAAAGAAGCCAUAUUCUGAAGUCACCGACCACGUCCAGCUACGCAAAGUGCUCAAAGACUACAUCGAUGACUACAACCAGAUAAGCAGCACGCCGCUGGACAUCGUCUUCUUCAUGGACGCCAUCAAGCAUCUGUUCCGCAUUUCUCGCGUGCUGCGUCAGCCGCGCGGUAACGUUCUUCUGCUGGGAAUGGGAGGCAGCGGUCGUCAGUCUCUGACCCGCUUCUCCGCCCACAUCGCCGACUGCAACUGCAUGUCCAUCGAGCUCACCAAGACGUACGCCGUGCCAGACUGGAAGAACGACCUGAAGGAGAUCCUGAAGAAGGCAGGCAUGCUGGACCAGCAGACGGUCUUCCUGUUCUCGGACACACAGAUCAAAUCUGAGAUCUUCAUGGAAGACAUCAACAGUCUGCUCAACUCGGGAGAUGUGCCGAAUCUCUUCGCGUCCGAUGAAGUGGAGGAGAUUUUCCAGUCAGUACGCGGCCUGGUGCAGGAACAGGGCCUGCCACCGACCACAGCUAACCUGUACGCCGCCUUUAUCCGCCGCGUGCGCUCAAACCUGCGUGUCGUGGUGACGAUGUCUCCGAUUGGCGAGGCAUUCCGCUCCCGUCUGCGUCAGUUCCCAGCGCUGGUCAACUGCUGCACGAUCGACUGGUUCGCUGACUGGCCACCCGAGGCCCUGGACGCCGUGGCCAGACAUCAUCUGGACGAUGUCACCGCCAUGCCGAAUGACAAUGCUCUGCGCGAGGGCGUCGUCGCCAUGUUCUCAGCCAUCCACACUGAUGUGGCUGAUGCGAGCCAGCGCUUCCUCCAGGAACUGUCGCGCCACAACUAUGUGACACCAAAGUCGUUCCUCACGCUUCUGACGUGCUUCGCGUCGCUGUUGGGCCGUCAGCAGGAGGCGCUGACCCAGGGGAAGAACCGGUUGCGCACAGGUCUGGAUAAGCUCCUGCAGACCGGCAAGGACGUGGCAGUGAUGCAAGUAGAGCUGGAGGCGAUGCAGCCCGAGCUGGAGCACGCAGCCGUCGUGGCCGAGGAAACGAUGCGCAAGAUCGAGGUGGACACAAAAGUUGCUGAGGAGACACGCACUGUGGUAAUGAAGAAGGAGCAGGAAGCCCAGAAGCAGAAGGACGAGUCCUCAGCAAUCGCUGCCGAUGCACAGAAGGACUUGGAUGAGGCGAUGCCUGCUCUGGAAGCUGCCUUGGCUAGUCUGAAGUCACUGAACAAGAAUGAUGUGGUUGAGGUUCGUGCAAUGCAGCGGCCACCGGAGGGCGUGAAACUCGUGAUGGAAGCGGUGUGCAUUCUCAAGUUCAUCAAGCCAAAGCGAGUGGCGGGCGACAUGCCUGGUCAGAAAUUUGACGACUACUGGGAGCCAGGAAAGUCCCUGCUGCAGGACCCUGCGCGUUUCCUCUCGUCGCUGUUUGAAUAUGACAAAGAGCACAUCCCAGACGACGUGAUCAACAAGCUCACGCCCUACAUUCAGAAUGACGCCUUUAUGCCGCAGGCCGUUUCCAAAGUGAGCAAGGCUUGCACGUCAUUGUGCAUGUGGUGUCGUGCCAUGUACAAGUUCCACUUCGUCAACAAGGCUGUGGCACCAAAGCGGGCGGCACUUGCUGAGGCUCAGGCAUCACUAGCAGCCACCGAGGCGGUGCUGAAAGAGGCUAAAGGCCAGUUGAAAACUGUGGAGGAUGGUUUGGCACAGCUGAACGCCGAGCUAGCCGCAUGUGUAGCGCAUAAAAAGGAGCUCGAGGACAAGUCUGAACAGUGUCAACAGCGUCUGGUGCGUGCUGACAAACUCAUUGGAGGCCUAGCUGACGAGAAAGAUCGCUGGGCCGAGACGGUGGCCACAUUCGACGGCCUGCUCGACGCUGUGGUCGGCGACAUUCUGUUGGCUUCUGGCGUGGUGGCGUACCUCGGCCCGUUCACUGGAGAGUUCCGCCAGGACCUCAUGACUCGCUGGGAAAGAAAACUGACCGAGCUGGGCGUCAACCACUCACCUAGCGCUUGUCUGCAGUCGACACUUGGCGACCAGAUUGUCAUACGAAACUGGCAGCUGGCUGGUCUGCCCAAAGAUGCCGUGUCCACUGACAACGCGCUAAUCAUGAAGUUCUCCGACCGCUGGCCGCUAUUCAUUGAUCCACAAGGGCAAGCAAACAAGUGGGCUAAGAGCAUGGAGCUAGAGAACGGCCUCGAAGUGACACGUCUCUCAGAAAAAGACUAUCUCAGAACUAUGGAAAACAGCAUCCGCUUUGGCAAGCCUUGCAUGCUGGAGAACGUCGGUGAGGAGCUGGACCCGGCGCUGGAUCCAAUAUUGAUGAAGCAGCUUGUCAAGCAGGCUGGCUCAUGGGUCAUCAAGCUCGGUGACUCCAUGGUACCCUACCAUCAUGACUUCAAGCUGUACAUCACCACCAAGAUCCCCAAUCCACACUACUCUCCAGAAGUGUGCACCAAGGUCAACAUCAUCAACUUCACGUUGGUGGAGAGUGGACUCCAGGACCAGCUUCUUGGAGUUGUCGUUGCAGAGGAAAGGCCGGAUCUCGAAGACUCGAGGAACAACUUGAUCACAUCGAACGCUGCCAUGAAGCAGGAACUGAAGGAGCUCGAAGAUAAGAUCUUGUACAAGCUCAGCUCGUCUGAGGGAUCACCAGUUGACGACAUCGAACUGAUAGAGACGCUGGAUGUUUCUAAGGCCAAAUCAACAGAGAUCAAAGCAAAAGUGGAAGUUGCUGAGCAAACUGAGAAGGACAUCAACGUCACUCGAGCGUUGUACAUUCCCGUCUCCAUCAGAGCCAGGAUUCUCUUCUUCUGCGUCUCAAGUCUCUCGCAGAUAGAUCCCAUGUACCAAUACUCCUUGGAGUGGUUCCUCAUGACGUUCCACAACAGCAUGCAGACAGCUGACCAAUCUGACAGCGUGCCGACCCGCGUGGAGAACAUCAACGAGUUCUUCACCUACAGCCUGUACCAGAACAUUUGCCGGUCGCUGUUCGAGCGUCAUAAGCUCCUCUUUGCAUUCCUCAUGGCCAUCCGCAUCAUGACUGAGCAGGGCGCCAUCAACGUGGAGGAGUACCGGUAUCUCUUGGCAGGAGGAACACCAACCGGAGAAAUCAAGGAAAACCCGGCCACCGACUGGCUGCCUGAACGAUGCUGGCGAGAGAUCCUGGCUGCCGGUGAUCACUUGUCCGUGUUCAAAGACCUGCCAGCGGACUUCGCUGACUACAAAAUCUCGAGGAAGUUCAAGAAUGUGUUCGACAGCACUCAGCCACACCGUGAGCGGCUGCCAGGAAAGUGGGAGGAGCUGCAGGACUUCCAGCGUCUGGUGCUGCUGCGUUGCCUCCGCCCAGAUCGCGUCACCAACGGCAUGCAGGACUUUGUCGCCAACCACCUGGGAGUGAGGUUCGUCGAGCCUCAGACGUCCAGUCUGGCCGAGAUUUUCAAGGACGCCGGUCCGAUGACGCCACUGAUCCUGGUGCUGUCAGCCGGCACUGAUCCAGCAGCGGCGCUCUACAAGUUCGCCGAGGAGAAGGGCUUUGCGAGAAAGAUUCUGUCCAUCUCGUUGGGCCAAGGCCAGGGGCCGAUCGCUGAGGGUCUGAUGCGCCAGGGUGUUGAAAAAGGCCGCUGGGUGUUCUUCCAGAACUGUCACUUGGCACCAUCAUGGAUGCCAACGAUGGAGCGGCUGAUCGAAAACCUGACGCCUGAGACGAUGCACAAGGACUUCAGGUUAUGGCUGACAUCAACUCCCUCCAGUUCCUUCCCACUGUCGGUGCUGCAGAAUGGAAUGAAGAUGACCAUCGAACCACCACGCGGUGUCAAAGCCAACAUGCUCAAGGCCUACAUGAGCCUGAUCUCGCCGGAGAUGCUGGACUCGAUCGGCGACAAGUCCAAAACGCUACGACGGCUGCUCUUCUCACUGUCACUCUUCAACGCUGUGUGCCUGGAGCGACGGAAGUUCGGACCGCUGGGCUUCAACAUUCCCUAUGCGUUCACCGACGGUGACCUGCGUAUCUGCAUAUCGCAGCUGCAAAUGUUCCUGGAGGAGUACGAAGACAUCCCCUUCCCGGUUCUACGGUACACGGCGGGCCACAUCAACUACGGUGGUCGUGUUACCGACGACCAGGACCGUCGCUGCAUCCUCACCAUCCUAGCAGACUACUAUCGGAGCGAGGUUCUGGCGACUGAACACGAGUUCGACGCCAGUGGCGUGUACCACCAAGUGGACGCGGAUGUCGCACACGACGAGUAUCUCGCCUACAUCCGCAGUCUGCCCAUCAACGACUCGCCGGAGCUGUUCGGUCUUCACGCCAACGCAGACAUCACAUUUGCCCAGAACGAGACGUUCACUUGUCUGAAUACGCUACUGCAACUUCAGCCUCGCUCUGGAGGACAGCAGGGAGCCUCAGCUGACGACGUGUCCGAGCAAGCGGCCAGACAGAUCCUGGGCAAGCUGGUCGAACCGUUCGACAUACCCAGCAUAUCCGCCAAGUACCCAGUGAUGUACAGUGAGUCCAUGAACACGGUGCUGGUACAGGAGGCCAUUCGCUACAACGGUCUGCUGAGUGUCAUCAAGACGUCACUAAAUGAGCUUCUCCGGGCCCUCAAGGGUCUUGUGGUCAUGUCGCAAGGUCUUGAGCGAAUGGCCACGUCCUUGUUCAACUCCAAGGUCCCAGAGAUGUGGGCAGGGAAGGCGUACCCGUCCCUCAAACCUCUCGGUGCCUGGGUGGAGGACCUGAUCCUGCGGACGCAGUUCAUCAGGGGCUGGAUCGAGGACGGCAUGCCGCCCGUCUACUGGAUCUCCGGCUUCUUCUUCCCACAGGCGUUCCUGACGGGCACGCUGCAGAACUUCGCCCGACGUCACGUGGUCAGCAUCGACACGGUCGGCUUCGGCUUCAGCGUGCUCUCCAGCGAGCCGACCUCAGCUCCCGAGGACGGCUGCUACGUGCGCGGCCUGUUCCUCGAGGGCGCUGGCUGGGACGCGGCCGCCGGCGCCCUCGGCGAGUCCCGGCCCAGGGAGCUCUACACCCAGCUGCCUGUGAUGUGGCUUCUGCCCGUGGAGAACCGGCAGCCUCCCGACGGCGGGUUCUACCUCUGUCCCGUGUACAAGACGCUGACACGCGCCGGAACGCUAAGCACGACGGGUCACAGCACCAACUAUGUCCUGUCAGUGGAGCUGCCGUCCGAGCAGCCGCAGUCGCACUGGAUCAAACGGGGUGUGGCGCUCAUCUGCGCGCUCGACUUCUGAGUGUGCUGAAAGAAGGGAUGGAUAUCGAAUCGGGCUGUUUCUGAGGCUCGAUAGUGCGUCCAAGCGGGAUGCCGCGCCGAGCGAGGUGCUUCUCUGCUUGGGAAGCGUCUUGUCGGGAAGAGUUGGUGCGAGUUCUGUGGUUUUAGGCGGAACUUGAGAACGUUUUCGGUGGGGAGCGGGUGAGGGUUUACCAUAUGUUGGUGUCUAGAUCAGUGAAAUACGUUGCAAUAUAUUGUUUGUGUGAUAAGUGAAUAUAUACAUACUGUGAGUUUCGUUACCUUGCGCCUUUUUGUUUUUGACCCGG